CUCGAACUCCGCCCCCUCUUCUCCGUGUAGGCCCCGCCCCCUGAGGCAGCUGUUUCGGGCCUCCCCCCCAUCGGGUCCCGAGGCACGCGCCGGGCGUCACGUGCGUUCCACGGCGAGCGGAAAUGACGCGAGAUGUGUGCGCCGCCAGUAUGGCCGGGCUAUGGCGACGAGCACAGGCUACGUGCGAUUGUGGGGAGCGGCGCGGUGCUGGGCGCUGCGGCGGCCGAUACUGGCCGCCGCCGGGGGGCGGGUCCCCACUGCAGCCGGAGCGUGGUUGUUCCGAGGCCGGCGGGCAUGUGACGCCUUUCCUCCUUGGGCACUGUGGGGCCGAGGCCCGGUAACCGGGGGCCAGUGGCGGGGGUUUUGGGAAGCGAACAGCCGCGGCGGAGGUGCAUUCUCGGGGGGCCAGGACGCCUCCGAGGGCGGCGCAGAGGAAGGAGCCGGAGGCGCGGGGGGCAGCGCGGGCGGCGGGGAAGGCCCGGUCAUAACAGCGCUCACGCCCAUGACGAUCCCCGAUGUGUUCCCGCACCUGCCGCUCAUCGCCAUCACGCGCAACCCGGUGUUCCCGCGCUUUAUCAAGAUUAUCGAGGUUAAAAAUAAGAAGUUGGUUGAGCUGCUAAGAAGGAAAGUUCGUCUCGCCCAGCCUUAUGUCGGUGUCUUUCUAAAGAGAGAUGACAACAACGAGUCGGACGUGGUCGAGAACCUGGAUGAAAUCUACCACACGGGGACAUUUGCCCAGAUCCACGAGAUGCAGGACCUUGGGGACAAGCUGCGCAUGAUCGUCAUGGGACACAGAAGAGUCCAUAUCAGCAGACAGCUGGAGGUAGAGCCCGAGGAGCCGGAGGCGGAGAACAAGCACAAGCCCCGCAGGAAGUCAAAGCGGGGCAAGAAGGAGGCAGAGGACGAGCUGAGCGCCAGGCACCCGGCGGAGCUGGCGAUGGAGCCUGCCCCCGAGCUCCCGGCCGAGGUGCUCAUGGUGGAGGUGGAGAACGUCGUCCACGAGGACUUCCAAGUCACAGAGGAGGUGAAAGCCCUGACCGCAGAGAUCGUGAAGACCAUCCGGGACAUCAUUGCCCUGAACCCUCUCUACAGGGAGUCGGUGCUGCAGAUGAUGCAGGCUGGCCAGCGGGUGGUGGACAAUCCCAUCUACCUGAGCGACAUGGGUGCUGCGCUCACCGGGGCCGAGUCCCACGAGCUGCAGGACGUCCUGGAAGAGACCAACAUUCCCAAGCGGCUGUACAAGGCCCUCUCCCUGCUGAAGAAGGAAUUUGAACUGAGCAAGCUGCAGCAGCGCCUGGGGCGGGAGGUGAGCCCGAGGCUGAGGCGCAGCCACUCUUGGGGGCCUUCCCGUCAGGCCACAGCAUGGAGCUUGCAGGAAGCCCUCCUGAGAGCCAGUGCUGGCCAUGACUCUUGUCACCGGAGCCCUCAAGGACUGGGGUGUGCCUGGUGUCCCUCAGCUACCGAGUGGCCUCUGACCCUGCUGUGCACCCGCAGGCGGACCUACGUGGGUGCCAUGCCCGGGAAAAUCAUCCAGUGUCUGAAGAAGACCAAGACGGAGAAUCCCCUGAUCCUCAUCGACGAGGUGGACAAGAUUGGCCGGGGCUACCAGGGGGACCCCUCGUCGGCGCUGCUGGAGCUGCUGGAUCCAGAGCAGAACGCCAACUUCCUGGACCACUAUCUGGACGUGCCCGUGGACUUGUCCAAGGUGCUGUUCAUCUGCACGGCCAACGUCACAGACACCAUCCCCGAGCCACUCCGCGACCGCAUGGAGAUGAUCAACGUGUCGGGCUACGUGGCCCAGGAGAAGCUGGCCAUCGCAGAGCGCUACCUGGUGCCCCAGGCCCGCGCUCUGUGUGGCCUGGAUGAGAGCAAGGCCAAGCUGUCGUCGGACGUGCUGACAGUGCUCAUCAAGCAGUACUGCCGCGAGAGCGGCGUCCGCAACCUGCAGAAGCAAGUGGAGAAGGUGUUGCGGAAAUCGGCCUACAAGAUCGUCAGCGGCGAGGCCGAGUCGGUGGAGGUGACGCCCGAGAACCUCCAGGACUUCGUGGGGAAGCCCGUGUUCACUGUGGAGCGCAUGUACGACGUGACGCCGCCCGGCGUGGUCAUGGGGCUGGCCUGGACCGCCAUGGGAGGCUCCACACUGUUUGUGGAGACAUCCCUGAGGCGGCCACAGGACAAGGACGCCAAGGGUGACAAGGACGGUAGCCUGGAGGUGACAGGCCAGCUGGGGGAGGUGAUGAAGGAGAGCGCCCGCAUAGCCUACACCUUCGCCAGGGCCUUCCUCAUGCAGCACGCCCCCGCCAACAACUACCUGGUGACCUCACACAUCCACCUGCAUGUGCCCGAGGGCGCUACCCCCAAGGACGGCCCGAGUGCAGGCUGCACCAUCGUCACGGCCCUGCUGUCCCUGGCCAUGGGCAGGCCCGUCCGGCAGAACCUGGCCAUGACUGGUGAGGUCUCCCUCACGGGCAAGAUCCUGCCUGUUGGUGGCAUCAAGGAGAAGACCAUCGCGGCCAAGCGUGCAGGGGUGACGUGCAUUGUCCUGCCAGCCGAGAACAAGAAGGACUUCUACGACCUGGCAGCCUUCAUCACCGAGGGCCUGGAGGUGCACUUCGUGGAGCACUACCGGGAGAUCUUUGACAUCGCCUUCCCGGACGAGCAGGCAGAGGCAGAGGCGCUGGCCGUGGAGCGGUGACGGCUGCCCCAGGACUGCAGGCGGCAGAUGUCAGGCCCUGUCUGGGCUGGAACUGAGCGCUGCGGGGAUUGCGCCCGGGCCUGGCAGCAGAGCCACGGAGCGAGCGGCUCGGUUCAGUGACCCAGAUCCCAGGGACCUCAAUCGGCUUAAUCAGUGUCUGGCACAGAAACUAUCUAUUUAAUGAUUAAAGUCAUUUCCAGUA